UCCGAUACCGUCGUCUGCUUGUCUGAAGUAAAGUUUGGGCUUUUCGGUGCACGUGGUCGACUAAAUACGCCAUACGAUCGAGCGUAUGUUCUUUUGAUCUGUUUAAUUGAAAUAGCAUAUAACAAGCAUACAAAAUGGGAGCCCGUAUGAAGAAAAAGUACGAAGCAGGUGAAGCUACCAAAUACAUAACAAGAGCUCAAGCCUUGAAAAAGCUGCAGCUAAACUUGAAAGACUUUCGACGCCUUUGCAUCUUGAAGGGUGUUUACCCACGUGAGCCCAACAACAGAAAGAAAGCCCAGAAGGGAAAACUUGACAAGAAGACCCUGUACUAUGUGAAAGACAUCAGAUUUUUGAGCCACGAACCUCUGAUAUGGAAGUUCAGGGACUUCAAAAUCUUCAUGAGGAAGAUGAAGACUGCGAUGGAGAAGGGUGAUAAAGAAACUGUAGCAAGGCUGAAAGAUAACAAGCCUAGCAUGAAGUUAGACCAUUUGGUAAAAGAAAGAUACCCUACAUUUCUUGAUGCACUCAAUGAUCUGGAUGAUUGCUUGACCCUCUGUUUUUUCUAUUCGACUUUACCGCGAGACACCAAAGUUCCGGCGAAUCUGAUUUCACUUUGUCGCAGGCUCACCGUUGAGUUUUUACAUUAUGUGAUUGCUGCCAAAGCUUUGCGCAAAGUCUUUAUUUCAGUAAAAGGCAUUUACUACCAAGUAGAGAUUAAAGGACAGCCUGUGACAAUUCUUAUUAACCAUCUAAGAGGGUUCAAGCCCACAACAGCAUCGGAUGUUGAUUAUAGGAUCAUGACAAAUUUCGUCGAUUUUUAUACUUCAAUGCUUGGAUUCAUAAACUUCCGACUCUACCACUCCAUUAAUCUUCAGUAUCCGCCGAAACUUCCGGGAAUUAAUAUUAACGAAAAUGCCGCGGAUGAAGAUGCUACUGAAGAGUACAACGAACUGGUAGCAGCUUUGAAUACGAGUCUUGUUGCAAACGUACCCGAAGCAGAGGAAGAACUUCAAAUAGACGAAUUUCCAUCGGCUGAUGGACAGGAUAAACUUGAUGAAGCAAAGCGUGAGGCGGAAGCAAUUGAGCGACUGAAAUCUCUUUUCAAAGGUUUAAAGUUUUUCAUUAGUCGUGAAGUUCCACGUGAAUCGGUUGUUUUCGUGAUCCGAGCGUGCGAUGGUGAAGCUUCGUGGGAUUCCUCCAUAUUUGCGGGCGCCACAUAUGAUGAGACUGAUGAAAGCAUUACACAUCAAAUUAUCGACAGACCUUCCGUCGAAAAACAAUAUCUUUCUCGUUAUUACAUCCAACCCCAAUGGUUGUUUGACUGCAUCAACUUCCGUCGAUUACUUCCGGUGGAAGACUAUUUCAUUGGUGCUAAUCUGCCACCGCAUAUCUCGCCCUUUGUUACUGAGCGUCUUGGUGACUACAUUCCUCCUGAGCGACAGGUACUCCUGGCUCUUGAGCGCGGCGAAACCCUUCCAGCUGAAGAGGAAGAAGAAGAAGAGGAGGAGAGUGAGGAUGAUAGCAGUGAAGAAGAAGAAGAUAGCAAACCGAAAAAGAAUGAUACCACAAAGUCUCAAGUCGUUAAGGAGAAAAAAGGCAUGAAGGUAAUGAGAGGUCGCGUUGAAAUGCCCGACGUCAAGGGUAUGGACGAAGAGGAAAAAGAACACUACAAAUUCCGUGAACUUAUGAUUCGCAACAAAGACAAACGAUUGUAUCGCUCCAUGAUGAAGAAUCGUAAGAGCCGUGAACGCGAAGCUAAGCGUUUGGAAAACAAACGCAAGUUCCACGAAAAGGAAGAAAAGGCAUUGAAGAAAAGUACGUCUACUGGGAAAGAACUGACCGCGAAAUGGUCCAUUCAACCCCUAUCGUCCACGACCUCAGACACGCAAAUCAAGAAAAUAAAGAAGGAUGCGUAAGUUGUCGUAUUCUUCUCCCUUUUUUUGUCUUAAUACACGCUAUUGUGGAAACAAUC